AUGGGAGAAAUGGACCCUCUUUUUGUCGGACGAUAUGGAUGCUUCUACAUUGUGAUUGUCGUCGAGAGGAGGAACAGUGUCAGGGUCAAGGAUCUGCGCCAUGAUUAUGUGCAGAGAGUUCUGGAUUUUGAUGCCGCCGAACUGCCACGUGAGUUCAUCUACGUGGAUGAGGCAGGCUUCAAUCAGGCCAAAACCAGGCAUCGGGACCGUAACGUAGUUGGACAAAGGGCCAUUGUAAAUGUCCCUGGGCAGCAUGGGGGAAAUAUCACCUUGUGUGCUGCAAUUAGUGUCCAAGGAGUCCUGCAUCACCAUGCCACUAUAGGUCCCUACAAUACAGGACAGGUCAUUGCAUUUCCAGAUGCACUACAUGCAGUUGUGCAGGACAGACCAGAGCAGCCCAGGUUUGUUGUCAUCUGGGAUAAUGUUAGUUUCCACCGGGCUGCUCUGGUCCGAGAUUGGUUGAACAAUCAUAACCAUUUCACAGUUUUAUACCUGCCUCCUUACAGCCCCUUUAUAAAUGCAAUCGAGGAAUUCUUUUCAGCGUGGCGGUGGAAAGUAGAUGAUCGGCAACCACACGCCCACAUGCCUCUUCUGCAAGCAAUGGAAGAGGCACGCGGAGACAUUGAGGUGGGAUCAAUCCAAGGGUGGAUUCGGCACACAAGGCAAUAUUUUCCCCGAUGCCUAGCCCGUGAGGACAUCGCCUGUGAUGUUGACGAGGUCUUGUGGCCAGAUCGGAACAGAAGGCGGGAUCCAUAUCUCCUAGUGCUACGUCUGAUUGGCUUGUGUCUAGAGUUUUGA